UAUCUUUCAGUUCCGGGGGACUUAGGUAAUCAAUUGGAAGCAAAAUUAGAUAAGCCAUCAGUAGUGCACUAUCUCUGCUCUAAGAAGACGGACAGUUAUUUUACGCUCUGGCUGAAUUUAGAAUUGCUUCUGCCUGUCAUUAUUGACUGCUGGAUUGAUAAUAUCAGGCUGGUAUAUAAUCGAACAAGUAAGAUUACAGAACCACCAGAUGGAGUGGACAUCAGAGUGCCAGGCUUUGGGCAGACGUUCUCCUUGGAAUUCCUUGACCCAAGCAAAAGGAGUGUUGGCAGUUACUUUUAUAUGCUGGUGCAGAGUUUAGUAGACUGGGGCUACAAACGGGACGAAGAUGUAAGAGGAGCACCUUAUGACUGGCGAAAGGCACCAAAUGAGAACGAACACUAUUUUGUGGCCCUUCGCAAGAUGAUAGAGUCAAUGUAUGAACAAUAUGGAAGUCCUGUUGUCUUAAUUGCCCACAGUAUGGGUAAUAUGUACACCCUCUACUUCCUCAACCAUCAGACUCAGGAUUGGAAAGACAAGUACAUAAAGGACUACGUGUCAUUAGGUGCUCCAUGGGGAGGAGUUGCUAAAACUCUCCGUGUGCUGGCUUCAGGUGACAACAACAGAAUACCUGUCAUCAGUUCACUCAAGAUUCGAGACCAGCAGAGAUCAGCAGUUUCCACAAACUGGAUGCUUCCCUAUAACUACACGUGGCCUCCAGAUAAGGUCUUUGUAAGCACACCUACAACCAACUACACCCUCCGGGAUUAUCAAAAAUUCUACAGGGACAUCAGCUUUGAAGAUGGCUGGCUCAUGAGACAGGACACUGAAUCCCUGGUGUACCAGAUGACACCACCUGGUGUGCGCAUCCACUGUCUUUAUGGUACUGGCGUAGAAACACCUGAUUCCUUCCAUUAUGAAAGCUUUCCUGAUAAAGAGCCCAAGAUCCUUUACAGUGAUGGGGAUGGUACAGUGAACUUACAGAGUGCCUUGCAAUGCCAGAAAUGGGUGGACAUGCAAAAACAGGAAGUGGUGAUAUUUGAGCUUUCAGGAAAUGAGCACAUUCAAAUGCUAUCCAAUGAUACUACUAUCUCCUAUGUGAAAAAGCUGCUUUUUGAUUUGUGACACCCUAUGUUGACAGUUAUUUUCCUCACCUAUGAUGCCUUUCCUUAAAUUAGGGGAAAUGCCUUUUGAUCCCUUGAUAUUUAGGUAGCUGAAUUAUUUAUUUUGGUUGUUUGUUUUUGUUUUUUCUGUGUUCAAGAAGUUGUUUGGUGUCCUAAAUGAUAAUUUGUCUUUGAUUUGUAUUCCUAAUGCGUUGUGGUAUUUUCACAUUCUGAAAAUUUGGUCCAAUAUGCAUUUUGGGACCUCUGGUAUUACAUCCACUAUUCAUACAGACUUUCAUUUGGAGACUGUGCAGCCCCUUGCACAUACUCUGUGAUUUUUGUGUGGGCUUUGAAGGGUUUGGAGGGGGAGGGCUGGGAAGGAUUGCAAUUUCAGUUGCCCAUGAAACAAGGGAAAGAUAUUAAGAAUUUGGAAAGCAGAGUAAACUUAGCUUAAUUUGUAAAACUGCGUAUCUACUAAGUAUUGCAGGCAAGAGAUUUGGUACUGCAUUACCUUUUGUCACAUCCAGCCUUCCUGUUGCUAAAGCUUUUGGGAAAGAGGAAAGCUGUGUGAAUUACUUGAAGCGUCUUAUUAGAUAACUUUUUCUGAUUUUAUUUUUUUUAAGAAAAAGUUGUUUGCUCUUCAACUUCUAGAGCUUGAUGACUUAAAAUUUAUAGUCUGAAGACCAUUCACCUUAGGCUUUACUUAUCAAUGGGGGAAAGAAGCUAAGCAGUGGACGAUGCUUGCAACAAUCAAAGCUGUGUGGAAUGGCACAUCAGACAAAACUGUAUAGAAUCAAAUACUGGCAAACAAUGCAUACAGUGCAGAAUUUUUGUACUUCUGGGUGAAAAAUGUCUCCUGUAGUGGAAGUGAUAAUGGGUAGUGGGCACUCAUUAAAAAUGGAAACUGAAUUUCCUGAAGUGGGAGGGGAGCCAAUGUAAUACAGUAUGAAGUAUAAACUUGUUCUUGGCCUAAUUCUCUGAUCCGUUUUCUGGCCAAGAAGUGGUUGGAUCAACAUUGCUGCAAAGAAACUUUUAAGACUAAGAUACACUUCUCACAGAUUACAAACUUUGUUAUUGCUGUCUCAAGAUAUACUGUUCCUUAACUGUUUAGAUAAUUGUGUAGCAUACAGCUCUGUUGAACUGCUAAAUAUUGUUUUACUCAAGUGCUUAAAAAGUAUUUCUGAUCUGAACUCCAAAGAAAUGGUAACUUAAAUGACCGUGGUAUUUGCAACCUUGAUUACAGAAAUCCUUUUGGAGAAAUAAUUUCACGGAGAGAUUCCCUCUUGCUUACUUUAAAAUCAGUCACCCAGUUACACUGCACUUAGUUUUCUGAAAAAGCUACUGCAGGUGCUUUCCAAAUGCUGGGUCCUCCAGGAAAAAAUUUAUUUAAAGAGUUUCAGAAACUCAUCAGAAAUAUUGUGGUUUCAUUACUUAGGAAGCUCAAGAGGUCUGAAGAAUACAUUUUAACUUUAAUUAUUUUUGUAGCACACACAAAAUGUUUGCUGCCAUUAAACGUAUAAAUGUUGAAAUGACAAUAGGCUUGAAUUCUUGUUAAUGCAGAAUGCAAACAUUUUGGCACAGGGUAGGUCUAAGGCUCGAAGUUUUAAUUCGGAAGUGAUUUGUAAAUUCAGAGCAACUGAAACUAGGGUAAUGGAUAAGCUAAGUGUACUCCAAGGUUUUAACUUUCUUUUUAUGUGGCUUCAUUAUCCCUGCAUAUUCUCUAUUCCUUUUGGUGAAGGAGAGGACCCAUUUUUCUGAUUUUUAAAAUGGAAUGUUUACCUUGUAAUAAGAUCGUCCAGGAACCUACAGUUCCACAGCUAUAUUGCCCAGACUUCUUCAGAGUUAGCACCGAGUUGUCCCAAGCUACUUGUAAAUAAAUGGUAACUACUGAAAUGAAAUAACACACACAGUAAGUUUUUAGCUGACUGUUCUAUUUGGUGCAGAGCUGUUGGUUGGAUAAGCUUCAGAUUUGUGUUCCAAGGCUGCUCAAGCGUAAAACUCUUCCAGUGGUCUGACUGUUUUUGAAUAAAUUGCUACUACAGCACUGGUUUACAACAGAAAGAAAUUACAGAAAAUACAGCUUUUCACAUUCUGUAUUUCUUUCUGAAGUAGAAUGCCUGUUAAUAAACACUUGGAUGAGUGGAGCUGGAGGCUGUAUUGCAGGUCACCAAUGUGGGCAUCGAGGGCUGAAAAAACAUAGGCUAACAGUUCUUAACCUGAGCUGGAGAAUGUUUCAAAGCUUCAUUUAGAUCCUUACCUGUUUAGUUAGGGCAUUCUUUCAGUCUCAUACCGAGUUCACUGUAAAGUGAAUGCAGCAAGUAAAUUAUAUCAUUCUAGUCACUGAAACAGAACCAUUUCACUCAGCCUUUGAGAAGGCCCUACUUGCUAAGGCUUGGUUCUCUACCUUUGAAAGCGUGAAUAUAUAGCAUUACUGUUAUAGGCCUGCUAGAGCCACCUGCACUUGAGCAUUCUAGGCUCCUGUGGGGGGAGAGAGAGGGAGAAGUCUGAAGAAAAGCAUCUUUAUGGAAAGAAGAGAAUGUGGCACUUCCUUAGGAGGAAUAACUCGGGUGCUUUGCCACACUUCACAGUUGAAAUGUUUAAAUUUACUGACAUGUCUUCCAUAUACCUGAAAUGCAUGGAGCAUGUCUUUUUCUUUCCUGAACAAAAGUUCAGUGUGUUUGUUUUUUUUCCCCAGGAUAUUUUCAGAAACCAAAAACAGUCUUGAGGACCAAAUGUGUUUAUUUUUGACAAAAUGUAGAGAGAAUGCUGAAGGGGCUUCAGCUGUCAUUGUAAUACUUCUGAAGAGGUUCAGAGUCACAAUGUGCUUCUCUUUUAAAAAAAAAAAAAAAAAAAAAAAAAAAAAAAAACCAGAAGGCUUCAAUAACUAGCAAUAACUGCAAAGGACUUGCAGACCAAAGGAAGGAAUGUUUAGUAUUAAGGUAGUUCUGGGAGCACAGUGUGUUUAAGGCCCUCUUAAAUUCAGGGAAUGUUUGGCUAUGACUUUGCUGCUCUACACUUUACAGUAUUUUGUACAGAACAUAAUCUGAGACCUAGCAUUUUAUAUGCCACUUUUGUGUAUGAAUGAGUUCAACAGAUUUUGCAUAUUUUAUUGGCUUUGAUAACAUAAUAAAGUUGAUCUAAUAGUGUCUCCUGUUGUAAAUAACCUGUGUUGUCUCACCUUUCAUACAGAUUAAAUGUCAACUUGUUGCUUGUGG